ACUCUGUGACAAAGCAGCAAGUACUCUGGCUUAUAUAUAGAGAGAGAGAGAGAGGUAUCUCAACCGGCAACAACCAGAAUUACAGCGAACAAAUCAUCAAGAACUCCACCUGAUUUUUCUCUGAUCGAAGUUGGUGCAACAAGUAACAAGUUCACAGUAUUGACGAUGGCUGUUGACCGACACACUCCAGAUUUACUUCUUCCCUCUCAGUUUGAUCCCUACGACGAGCAAGAUCUCUUUCCAGAGAAUAUUCUCAAACCUUCCCACCUGCACAAAGACUUCUCGAGCAAUUCUAAACCCUGGGAAGCUGAUCCCCACGGUCACGGAAAUGAAUCGGUUUUCAGUAAUUCCCCUGUUGAGUCGGACCUCGGUUCGGCCGAUACGGAGAGUGACAGGGACGACGAUUACAUUGCCGAGUUAACUCGCCAGAUGUCUCACUACAUGCUCCAAGAAGAUCAUGACCAAAACUCCCUCCCAUGCACUGAAAAAAUGGAAAAGACAUGGGGUUUGGCUGGCUCGCCACAGUCAACGCUAUGGCCACCGCUGGGCUCGAGCCAUGGAAGCCCACAUAUUGGUUCUUCUCAAGAAGAUCCCUUUCGGUAUGGCACCUAUGAUGAGGGGCUUCGGAGCUCUUCAUUCAAACCAGGUGUUGGGUUGAACUCAAAUCCAGCUCUCACUGACGAUCAACUUCGUGCUAUUCAAGUAUUCUAUACGCUUAAACAGCGUGCUAUGAAGCAACAAGACUCUCCAAACUGGCCGGGAAGACAAGCUAAAGCGCCUACUCGCCAACCAGAGCAAUUAAGAGAUCAACAGCCAGAUCAGCAGGUUCAUGAGCAGAAAGGUGGAUUAUGUAUUAAUUUUGGCCGGUCACUUGAUGGAGGAAAGUCUCGUACAACAAACCCCUGGACUCAGUCUCCGACUCAGAGAGAGCCACAGGUGAAGUGUAACCAGCAAAAAGGGUUGUCGGCUAUGAGGAUGUUUGUACUGGGAGGCGAGUCAAGCAGUGAGUCAUCAUGUAAUGGGACAGGUGUUUUCCUGCCUCGAGGAAUCUGGUACUCUUCGGAACCACGCAAGAAACCAGGUUGCUCCAAUGUUUUUAUACCAGCAAGAGUAGUGCAGGCCCUGCAACUCCACUUUGACCAGAUGGGAGUGAAGCCUCGAACCAAAGCUGGUGGUUGCCCUCUGCAGCUAGCAGCAGAUGGUUGGAUGGGAAGGAGAAACGAUUCAAAGCAGAAACGACAGCAGCGGACCGCACCAGCUAUGAGCCAUCAUCACAUGGGGCUGCCUCAAGAAUGGAAGUACUGAUUUUUGACGCUCCAACGUUGGUUUCUCCCUCCUACUCCUAGAAUGAGUAAAUUUAAUUUUAUCAUAAUUUUUCUUAUCAUCUUUUCAUCGAUAUUAAAUAAUAGAUUU